AUGCCUCCUUCCCUCGUCCUCCUCCCGCGCGCUCUCUCACCCGCGCCGCCCGCCGGGCCGCUCUCCCGGUCCCGGCGGCGGCGGCGGCGCGGCCUCGCGCCGGUGCGGGCGUCGUGGCAAGAGCUGGCGGGGGUGCUGGUGUUCUCCGCCGUGCCCUUCACCGCCGUCAAGGCCAUCGCCAACAGCCCCCUCGGCGCCCGCCUCCGCCGCCGCCUCGAGGACCGGAAGGCCGCGGCCGCCGCCGAGUCCGACGCCCUCCGCGCGGCCGCGCGCCAGGCCCGCGCCGCCAGCUCUUGGUACGGCGAAGAUCGGCCGCGGUGGCUGGGCCCCGUGCCGUACGAGUACCCGGCGCAUCUCGCCGGAGACUACCCUGGCGAUUACGGGUUCGACAUAGCAGGUCUGGGCAGGGAUCCCGUUGCUUUCGCAUACUACUUUAACUUUGAGAUCUUGCAUUGUCGGUGGGCCAUGCUUGCAGCCCUCGGUGUUGUUAUUCCUGAGCUGUUAGAUCUUUUUGGGGUAGUGCAUUUUGUUGAGCCUGUCUGGUGGAAAGUUGGUUAUGCAAAACUUCAGGGUGAUACCCUUGAUUACCUUGGGAUUCCUGGUUUUCGAAUUGCUGGUGGUCAGGGUGUCAUUGUCAUUGCUAUCUGUCAGGCCCUUCUGAUGGUUGGUCCGGAAUAUGCAAGGUACUGCGGAAUUGAGGCUCUAGAACCCUUGGGAAUAUAUCUUCCAGGCGACAUAAACUACCCAGGAGGAGCGCUUUUCGAUCCCUUGGGGCUCUCCAAAGAUCCAGCCGCGUUCGAAGAUCUCAAGGUGAAGGAGAUCAAGAACGGUCGCCUGGCAAUGGUUGCUUGGCUCGGCUUCUACAUUCAGGCAGCUGUAACUGGCAAGGGCCCUAUUCAGAACCUUGUUGAACACUUGUCGGAUCCUCUACACAACAACAUUUUGUCCUCUUUUGUUUGAGCCGUCUUUUACUGGACAUCGCAACUGCGUCCUGUUUGGUCACAGGAACAGUAGUAGUUAUGCAGCUAGCAUUCAUGUUUACGGCUUG